AUGGCCUCUCUCCCCGCCUUCUCCGCACUGACCACGGCCGGCGAGGCAGCAACCGCCCUUGCUGCCUUUAUUCGCGGGAAGAACGUUAUCAUCACCGGGACAUCAUUGAACGGAAUCGGCUGCGAGACCGCGCGCGCGAUAGCGAGGCACGCGAAUCUCGUGGUGAUAACGGGGCAUAACGACGAACGCUUGAAUCUCGCGGCCGAGAGUAUUCGGACGAGCGUGUCCGCCGCCAACGUCCGCUGCCUUAAACUCGACCUAGCGUCGCUGGCUGCCGUGCGCGCGGCCGCGGCGGAGGUCAAUGCGUACUCUGAACCCAUCCACGUCUUGAUCAACAACGCCGCCAAGCCCAUGUGCGACUUCGCCCUCACCGCCGACGGGCUCGAGAGCCAGCUCGCGACGGGCCACGUCGGGCCGUUCCUCUUCACCCACCUGCUCGUGCCCAAGCUGCGCGCAUCUGCCAGCGCGGACUGGACCCCGCGCGUCGUGUUCGUGUCGAGCAUCGCCCAGUCCCGCGGCGGCACCGGCGUCGACUUCGACAUGCUGCUGACGCCCGACGCGGGAAACUACGCCCCGCGCGGCGUGUACCACCAGGUCAAGACCGCGAACGUCCUCACCGCGGGCGAGCUGACGCGGCGCGGCGCUGGAAAAAUCCACAGCUACAGCCUGCAUCCCGGCUUGAUCUACACCAACAUGCUCGCCACCGCCACCGCCGUCCCCUUCUUCCGCUCGCUCGGCGCGCUCGACGACGACGGCCAGCCGAUUCCCGAGGGCUGUGCCUGGAAGACGCUCGAACAAGGGGCCGCGACGAGCGUUGUCGCCGGGUUUGACCCACGCAUCGCGGAUCGCCCGGGCUCUUACUUGGACGACUGUGUGAUCGCAAAUGAACAUGCGGCGACGCACAGCACGAAUCCGGAAAUCGCGAAGAAGCUGUGGGAGGUCACUGAAGGAAUCGUAGGGGAAUCGUUUACAUUUUGA